GAUGCCUCUUUGCAAGUCAACUCGUGUGCUCUCUAGCUGAUAGAGGUGCCUGGAGCUGAAAUAUUAUCGCUCUAUUGUAUUGGAGAACGUGGUGUGACAGCCCCCGGGCGCAGCAAAUGGCCUUCUUCGUAUCGCCACACUGACGGAGAGAGUGUCGCCACAUUGGCGUUCAAGCUGGCAGGGCGACACAAAAUCAACUUUGUCUAUUUUUAAUGGACACGCUUCGAGCGACGGCGGCGGCGGGCGGUUUGUUUUCCUUUCGUCUUUAUCUGUAGCCUGCCCUGCCUGUGUGAGCCCCCCUCGUGUGUCCCUCUGCUCGUCUGGCUACCUCCUACUCGUCCACUCACAGUCCCAUUUACAACAGCAUGGUCAUGGCUGACAGUGUCCAAAAACCGAUGAUCCGAGGUCCGGUCCGAGUGGGCUUCUACGACAUCGAGCGCACUUUAGGAAAGGGCAAUUUCGCGGUGGUAAAGCUGGCUCGACACCGCAUAACUAAGACCGAGGUGGCCAUUAAGAUCAUCGACAAGACCCAACUAGAUGCCGUCAAUCUGGAGAAGAUCUACAGAGAAGUUCAGAUCAUGAAGAUGCUGGACCACCCGCACAUCAUAAAGCUCUACCAGGUGAUGGAGACAAAGAACAUGCUUUACUUAGUCACGGAGUAUGCCAAGAAUGGGGAGAUCUUUGACUACCUGGCAAAGCAUGGCCGCCUCAGUGAACUGGAGGCCAGGAGGAAGUUCUGGCAGAUCCUGUCAGCGGUGGAAUAUUGUCACAACCGCAACAUCGUCCACAGGGACCUGAAGGCAGAGAAUCUGCUGCUGGAUGGCCAUAUGAACAUCAAAAUUGCAGAUUUUGGAUUCGGGAACUUCUUCCAGCCCGGGGAGCCUCUGGCCACAUGGUGCGGCAGCCCACCCUACGCUGCUCCCGAGGUCUUCGAGGGCCAACAGUAUGAGGGCCCACAGCUGGACAUCUGGAGUAUGGGGGUGGUGCUGUAUGUGCUGGUGUGUGGUGCGUUACCCUUUGAUGGGCCCACUUUGCCUGUGCUCCGACAGCGAGUCCUAGAAGGAAGGUUUCGGAUCCCCUACUUCAUGACUGAAGACUGUGAGCAUCUGAUCCGCAGGAUGUUGGUUCUGGAUCCAUCAAAGCGCCUGUCUGUGGCCCAGAUCAAAGAGCACAAGUGGAUGACUCUAGAUGUUCCAGUGCAACGGCCUGUUCUGUACCAACAGCCAGUGUCUACCGAGGGCGAGGUCGGCGUGGGGGAGUACAGCGAGCAGGUCCUUCGCCUGAUGCACAGCCUUGGCAUUGAUCAGCACAAGACUAUAGAGUCUUUGCAGAACAAAAGCUACAACCACUUUGCUGCUAUCUAUUACCUGCUGGUGGAGCGGCUCAAGGCCCAUCGCUGCAGCUUCCCCGUCGAACAGAGGCUCGACGCCCGCCAACGACGGCCCAGCACUAUCGCCGAGCAGACUGUCGUCAAGUCAACCAGUGGUUCAACCCAGGUGGGUUUGCUCCCACAGGGCGUUCGCCUGUUGCGAUCCCCUGCUGUGCCGCAAACCUCCUCCGAUGCUUUCACCUUCCCUCAGACUGCAUGUACUCUGGAGCAGAAUUUCAUGGUGGAGGACGUCAACACACCCAAAGUGAACGGCUGCCUGCUGGACCCCCUGCCUCCCCCCACUGUCCUCCGCAAGUCCUCUACCUCGUCGCCUAGCAACAUGAUGGAGACGUCGAUCGAUGAGGGCAUUGAGACUGAGGAGCCCGACACAGAUGAUGAUCCAUCCCACAUGCUCUCGGCCUAUCAGACAGCCCGUUUUGGCCAACGGCGACACACCCUCUCUGAGGUCACCAACCAGCCAGGGACUUCAAACCAAGGUAAAUUAUUUGCUCUAGGACACAACCCCUCCAUGGGUAGCAUGGACUCUGACAUGGGCUAUGACAUGGGCUCCAUGCAUAGUGACGUCAGCCUACUGGAGGACGCCCCGUCUCUCAGUGAAGUGGUACCGACCAACAGCUCUGCUUCUGGCGUCACCGCGACGCCUUUCUUGAGCGCUCGGCCUGCCAACCCAGCAAUGGCCGCCCUGACCUCUCAGCACAGGGAGACACACAACCGCUCACCCAUUAGCUUCAGAGAAGGACGCCGGGCUUCCGACACCUCGCUCACCCAAGGUUUGGUUGCGUUCCGGCAGCACCUACAGAACUUGGCGAGGACCAAAGGCAUCUUGGAGCUGAAUAAAGUCCAGAUGCUAGUGGAGCAGAUGGGCUCUGGGGAAGGGGCUGCCAUGGGCCCCCUGGGACCACAGCACCACUUGCACAACCUCCUGGAGGGUGAAGCAUCCAAGCAGCAGGAGGGCCUAGCUUUAUACCAAGGUGGGCCGCAGCCACCUCUCCUGUCCCGCAGGCAGAGUUUGGAGACACAGUACCUCACUCAUAGGCUACAGGCCAGCGUCUUGGUUAACAGUCCUGCUAGCUGCCAACUUUUCUGUAAGGAGAAUCCUCGAAGUUUAGAGCAACAGCUACAGGAGCACAGACUGCACCAGAAGAGGAUGUAUCUGCAGCAGUCACAGGGCAUGGGGCUGCAGGUCUACUUCAACCAGAUGCAGAUAGCUGAAGGCUCCUACCCAACAGGGGGCCCUGCUCUGGACCCAUCAGCAUCACAAAACCCUCAGGGUCCCCCCAUGUCAGCUGCCCACCAGCCUCAGCCUCAGCAACAGGGCGGCCCCCAGGUCUCGCCACCCUUCAGCCACCCCCAUAGCCUCAGCCCCCUGAUGGAACCAGGGGAGGGGCUUGUUUAUGACCCUUACAUGAGCCACCACCACUACGCCCAACACAUGCCCCCUGGAUCUCAUCUCCACCACCACCUCCACCAUGAGGCCUCCCCCAGCGGCCUGGGCUACAGCUACCCUACAGGCUGUGAGCAGCAGGUCCUGGGCCCUUCCACUGAGGCCCUUCAUUCAGACCAGUAUGAGUUCCCACUGGACCCCUGCCUGCUGCCCCCACCUGCUCCAGGAGAGGUUGAGGCAGGAGCUGUGGCCAGGGCUUUAGGUUGUCCAGGGCCAUCAGAGAACCUGGGUCUGCCUGAGCUCCAGAGCAAUCUCCUGGACAGUGAAAUGAUGGAGACAGUGGACUCCCAGCAUGGCUUUGUACUGGUCAACUGAAACCAGCUGAGGAGGUUGACAGAAAGCAGUAUUAAGCAAUGAGAACCUGCACAGCAUUAAGAGCAGAGAGAGUGGAGAUAUAAGUGGAGGCCACAAGCGUAGCAACAGGGAAGGGAAAGUGUUAAUUUUUGUACGACUAAUACAAACUCCAUUUCUUAGUUGUGAUGAACCUCAGAAAACCUUUCUACCAAAAUCCUCCCUUAGACUACCUCCCUUUCUCCCUCUCCUCCUCUGUACUUGUUCUCAUCAGUCCUACGAGACAGGAACAGGUCCGAUAUGUGGCACAAGUUGAGCUUUGCUGGGCUGAAAAGGCGAAGCUGCUGUUGUCACGGACGUUGUGUCACCUGUGAGAUGAUGAGCUCUUCAGGACUGCGCCGUGCAGCCCGGGGGAGAUGCUGCACAUCCUGGAGGGUGCCAGAGUGCAGCAUUUCACCUAGAAAUGGUUUGGAAGUGAACUAAUUUAGGACUGACUGACUGGCAACCAAAAGCACAAUGGCUGGCAGUGCUUUUUGUAUUUAAAAUAGGACACCUUCAACAACAAUAGACUGGUUCUCAAAACACUUUUGUGCAUUUUUUUAUUUCAGUAGAUAAAAAAAAACAGCUGAACAAGAGAAAAUAGCCCUCAUUUAUCAUGGUACCAUGGAUAUCACCGCAUAUUCAAGUGUUAAAAGUGUUAGAAACUGAUCUUGUCCGGUUUAUAGAAAUUGUUUUACACACUACUGUGAGCACACAGGCUGACAUGAUGGUCAUAUUUAUAGGUUGCACAGGUUUCAACACUAACAUACACAGUAUUUGACAGCGCCCUCCCCUAAAAAAUAACUUUCCUAAACCGAUACAUGCUGAAGAUGGUGGUUAAUUCACCAUUUGUGGAGCUUAGCUACAUUUGUGCUUUAAACAGUCAUAAACUCUCUAUAAGAUCAGUUAGUUAAAUGACUAAAUAAUAUAACAGCUAUAACGCAGCAGGCUUUGGUGUUGGCUAUGUGACGUAAAUAAUACAGUUUCCUCUGUUUGUUUUCAGUGUUUUUUGUAACUUGUAACUACUGAUCCUGAUUUAUUCCUUACACUACUGAAAUGCUUCUCCACCUUUCCAUCUGAUUGCACACACUCACCAGGUGUCAUUAUACUCAUGCAGCCAAUAAGAUGAGGACAAUUACCAGCUUUCGCAGGUGAAAACGGCCACACGUUUGUUUUAACAGUUGAAUUGUGGGUCAUGCAUUUGCCAGAUAAAUGAGGGCUGAUGUAAUUAACGUGUGUUUGGUUGAGAAGUUGCCGUGUUAGACAGUCGAUAUUAUUCUAUUUUUGUGGCAAUACUGAAGCAAUAUUAAUCCUUGAUGUUUGGGGAUUAUGAAUAGAAGCCUCACCUGUACAGCCAGCUCUGAUUGGUUCCCGGGACCUCUGAGUCGUCAGCAGUGACAUCACUGGAGUUGAUGAUGUAACCAGGAGAUAAUCUCUCACUUGCCCUGCUAGUGAAGGGACGAGCCUGGAGACGUGUGUUUGUGUGUGUAUGUGUGUGCGUGAUUGUUUGUUUGCACAAUUCAGAAUUUUCAAAUUUUCUGCAUCCAUCACAUUAUUAGUGCAUCAUAUCCAUCAUUACUGACAAAGACAAACACUGUAUUGACUCUAGUCUCCAUUCAAAAUAACUCAACCUGUGCACAGUUGUAGCUUUUUUGGUGACUGCUUAGUUCUGGUUUACAUCCUCAAUGCUCCAGUCAUGCCUCUGUGUUGUUUUAAUGAUGAAUAAUGUUUAUAAUAAUGAAAUUACCCUCUAAAAAUUCCCUUCAUAAGACUUCAUGAAAGAAUGUUUCCUCUCUGACGUUGGGGCUGCUGUGCGACAAAGACCAGCAGAACAUCAGUCACCUGACACUGGAUUUCAACUAUUGACCACCGCUCUUUGACUGACAGCAAGCCAGCAACAAGAUGAGAGAUUUAUUUUGUUGUUAUUGUUUUACACUUGAAGGUGCAGUAUGUAACAUUUGGUGGCAUCUUGGCAGACAUACUUGGCAGAAAUUGAAUAUAACGUUCAUAGUAUUCAAGUAUGUUUUAAUUGGCAUAUGAUCACCUGAAAAUGAGAAUAGUUUUGUUUUUACCUUUGACUUAACCCUUUAUAUCUACAUAGGGAGCAGGUCCUCUUCCACAGAGGCUGCCAUUUUGCAUCACCAUGUUUCUACAGUAGCCCAGAACGGACAAACCUAACACUGCAAUUUGCAACCCUAACCGCUGGAUGCCACUAAAUCUUACACACUGGUCCUUUAAGACUGUGUUGAAUCUACUUGAAGCACACAGAUGUAUCUUCUCUGAUAGUUGAUGAUGAUGAAUUUUAAAAAACUACUUUUCAUUAAAAUAACAGGACGGCAAACGUCAGAGGGUUGAGAUGAGAUUAUAAGACCAUCACCAUCUGCCAGACUGCGUGACCAUGAGUGGUCGUGAGUUAAAUAUGUAGGACUGUGUGUAGUCACAUUAGCCUUCAGACAAGACAGUCAAGUUCAGUCUGUAGCCUCAACUGAGCAGAUGUUUUAUAGAGUUCACAGUCAGAGUACAGAGUGGUUUGGCCAGGACUCUUUAUAGCAGCAGUUACCAGCUGUAAUGAUGGCUACAACAUAUGGACCAACUGUGGUUGCAGUCCUGUGCAUGACUUAAAGGCAAAAUCCACCCUAAACAUCUUUUAACAGUGUUGCAAAACAGAUCAUUUUCAUUCAUUAUUAACCUGAUGAUUAUUUUGAUUGAUCAUUUAGUCUUUUGGUCUGUACAAUGUCAAAAAAACAAACAAGCUGGAGCUUGUUUUAUCUGACCAACAGUCCAAACCUGAAAAAUUUUGCUCAAAAAAUAACUUCAAAUGAAUGAUCGAUUAUCCAAAUUGAAUUAUUUCUUUCUGUUCAUUGAUUAAUCGACUUAUCAUUUCAUUUCAACAAAUUAACAAUGCAUAGUGUGUUCCUGAGCCUCUCUUGUUCUUCAUGAGUUCACCUUUUUUCCUGAGUAAAACUGUACAGUAUGACAUCAUGUUGAGAUAUUUCUGGCCUUACAUCCAUCUUACAUCAACACCAAAACCUGAGUUUUGGUGUGUGAGAAAAGGCUUAGUGAGUGAGUGUUGUACUCUUUGACUUUUAACAAUCAAACAGAUGUACUCCAGCAACAAUGGCCUCAAUAGAACAGAAUGCACUUCAACCACAAGACAUGUUGCAAAACAGGUCUUGUGGUUGCAUUAAUAGUUCCACCCUUAAAUUUACAAACCAGUUGGAGAGCUGGAUAUGUUUAUAUGGCCAUACGCCCACGUUUUAUUGAGAGGAAUCAGCUCACGCCCAGUUUGUGGGUCAUGUUGAGAAUGUCUCUUUGAAAGACAAUGAACCACUCAAGAACAAGAGUAUAGGCAGCUUUAACUUAAAAUAAUAAUUCUUGAGUUUACAGAACAUUUAAUUGUUGAUACAUGACAGUGCAAGGGUAUUUAAGGGUGGAUUUGGCCUUAAGUGAAUAUUUUGAUGAUUGUUUUCUUUCAUUGUUAAUGGUCAGGCUAGAACACCUACAGGACGAUCUGUGGAAAUUGAAUACUGGAGCACUUUGACAACCAAGGGAAGAAGAGAUGUAGCGAGAGAGGAGGAGGCGAUGGUGUUGGAGGUGGAAAAGGUUUUGUAUCGCUCUGCUGUUUCCUGGCAGAUGAAACAAACUGUAAUCUGUAGGAAACACCUUUUCUCCUCUCUCUUCCCCACCAAUAAUGGACUCAAAACAAAUUUCUUUCAAAGAAAGACCAGACAAAGUAACACUUUAUCUGAUUGUUGAUUUAAUCCAAGAAAGAGAGCAGCACUUUUCUGUUCAUGACAAGUGUUUCUUUGUACAAAUUAGGGGUGUAGUGAAUCCUCAGUGCACACUCAAGUUGCACCUAGGAUAAUUUUUGUGUUGAACGUGAAUAGUGUUCAGUGUGCCUUUUUACUUUUUCGUAUUUCAAUCUAAAUUAAGACUAUGAAUAGUACCAUUAUUUCUGGUUGGACCCUUCUAUCAUUUAUUUUAUUAUGAUUACUUAUGAUUACUUUUCUUUUCCUGAAAGUAAGUAGAGCCAGGUUUUACAAAGGUACAAAACCAAAGUCCCUCAGAAGUUUCCCUGUAUGACCCACCGUGUGGAGUUUUGGAGCUUCUUUGUCAGCUUCUCUACCGUGCUUUUUCUUGUUGGUCAAUCAGUGUAUGCCAUUUAAAAGUAUUAUAGCAAUAUUUCUCUAGUUGAAGACUAAAGUCAUGAAGAUUCUAGUGGACAUGUAUCCAAGUAUCAUAAUUUCACCUCCUGCUGAUAAAAACAAAAACAUCAAUCUAUCAAUAGAAAUCCAGUUUUAUAUUUACCUUCAUUGAUGUUGACCACACAUAAGCUAACUUGCUGUUGAGAUUAAAAAAAGGUUUA